UAUUUAAAACAUAACUUAGAAGGUAAAUCAUCAGAGGGCGGAAGUCGUUUAGAAGAGACAAAAUGGUUGGGAGAAUUUUUGCAAUCAAUUUGAGUAUUGUAGUGUUUUGUAUGAUUGUAGCAGUGACAGAAUCACAGAAUUGGAGGGGCAACACCGAAUCUUUUGGAACAUGGAAAGCAAAAAGAUGUAGAAGAUGUGUUAUACAGUAUCGAACGUACUGUGGCGCCUGGAGAUCUUUCGUAUGUAAAACACGUGUGACUCAAUUAAGGUGUUUAACAGGCUGGACUCACAAUGGAGACUACAACUGUAGCAUCCCAAUAUGUAAACCGAACUGUGGAUCCGUUGGGGAGUGUGUGGCUCCUGGUAAAUGUGAUUGUAAAGGUCUGGCAGGAGGACAAUAUUGUCAGUACUCAUUGACAGAAUCACAGAAUUGGACGGGCUAUAUCGAAUCUUAUAGAACAUGGAAGACAGAAACAUGUAGAAAAUGUAUUGCUCAGUAUCGAACGCAUUGUGCCUUGUGGAGAAAUUUCAAAUGUUAUAUGCCUGUGACUAAAUUAAGGUGUUCAACAGGCUGGACUCACAAUGGAGACUACAAUUGUAGCAUCCCAAUAUGUAAACCGAACUGUGGAUCCGUUGGGGAGUGUGUGGCUCCAGGUAAAUGUGAUUGUAAAGGUCUGACAGAAGGUCAAUAUUGUCAGGAGUUGCUAAAUUCUUCACCGAGAAAUGCAUCUGAAAAUAAUGGACAAUAAUAUUCUUAUAACAGCUGAUUAAAUAAAUGAAAUAUAUACAGUACGUUUCUUUUUUGCUGAAGGAAAUCUGUGAAGGAUUGACUUCCCAUUGAAACAAUAAAUAUAAAUAGAACUUU